UAAAUACAAAGGAGGAGGCACCGAUACUCAGUUGAGUUCGUGUUCUCAGACAAAUCGAUAAGAACCACCUUAACAAUGGAACGUUUAGUGCUAGAGGAAAUUCCGUGUCUAUAUAACGAAGAACAUAUAGUGCCGACAAAUCUCAUGGGUAUGCACAUUAAUAGCUGUCCUCACCAAUAUUCAGCCGCUGCCGAGAAGGUCAAUUGGCCAAAGUAUAUUUGGGAGUAUCUGAGCACGAGCGCAGGCGUACCAUCUGCUUCUGUUGCAUCAACGUCUCAGGGAUCUGAGACUAUAGAUCAUAGUAUGGUGCGGUAUGACGAGCGACUGCAAAGCAAAGCUGAAGCGCCUACAAAACCAACCCUACGGCUGUUGAGGACCACCGCAAGUAUGGAUUGAAACAAUGUCCGUUGGACAAAUCCCACUGGGUGAAGCCAACGUCAUUGGCAAAUCACUUAGUGCGAUGCCGCAAACAACAACACCAGAAGCAGGAUCAGCUGGAACAGCGAAAGCGGGAUCAAAACUGUAAGGAGCGACCCAUGGAUCGAACAUGCCAUGCUGGAAGUAUCAGGCAGGGGGCUGUACUCGAGCAAACUGAGGAAAACUGGGACGAUGAUAACUAUGGGACCUACCAACCUCAGCUGCUUGACCGACCCAUAUUGAGAAAUGGGGGGAUAGUGAAGUGGGUAGAUUCAGGGGUUUGGAAUGAAUGUAAAAAACAAUGUAUCUAGGUUAGUUUAUUAAAACAGGAUUUAAAGAAUCUGUAUUUUUUUAUUGAUACAACCAUUUCAACAUAUAGCAAUUAGGUAAAUAUAACAUAAAACUGAGAGUUUUUUAUAAUGUCGAAACCCCAACCAUUUAACUAAAAGCUUGUUGUCCUUUCUCAUGAUCACCUUUUCAAUCAAG